AUGAACACGUGGCUUGUGUCUGGGGCAAAGAACAAAGCCAUUGUGUCAUUUGAGGGAAAUGGCAGAGACCAAGGCGGUCCAGCCACACACGCACCUGACCAACCUGAUGAGACCACACUGUGCUUUCAGUCUCUAGAUUGCGACUGGGCGGUGCUAAAUCCACAUCGACACGUCCAAGGCAGAAUCCGAUACUUGCUCUUCUCCUGCCACGUGUCCUCUUCAUCUUAUCAUAUAUACAUCCCCACGACCACCUUCCAAAAUCACAUCAAUUGUCUUCAUUUCCCCAGCUCUGAACAGUGA